CGACUUCAGGGAAAUCUGAACAGACCAUGGAUGUAUCUGGAAGAAGAGGAUUCUUUCCAUUCUCAUCUCUGAAUGCUCUCAUGUGGGAAUGACCUUAAAGGAAGAGCUGUGCUAUCCAAACUUGAGCUUUCCCCAUGGAUGAGUCAAACAUAACGUUUCAUCCCAGCGAAGGCACAGAGAACAUCUCAAUGCACAGAAACAUUUCUACACAGGAAAGGGUCUGGGAGAUAUUGACCCCACUUUGGGUAAUUAUGAUCAUCUCCUUCCUGGGUUUUUGUGAAAAUGGAAUUGUCCUCUGGUGCCUCUGCUUCCAGAUCAAAAGAAACCCGUUCACUGCGUACAUCACACACCUGUCCAUUGCUGAUCUCUCCUUACUGCUUUGUACAUUUAUUCUGUCAAUUGAGUACAUUGCUGGUUUUGGAUUCGCAUACGGUUUUUACUAUUAUAUAACCACCACACUAUCUAUUGUCUUCCUUCUUGGAUAUAAUACUGGUCUCUAUCUCCUGACAGCCAUCAGUAUUGAGAGGUGUCUGUCUAUUGUUUACCCCAUCUGGUACCGAUGCCACCGGUCACAGCACCAAUCGGCAAUUGUGUGUGCAAUUCUGUGGACUCUGUCUUUUCUGAUGACAGUAGCCGAAUACUUAACAUGCAAAGAUGAUUCAACGAAGGAACAAUUCGACGACGGUAACCAUUGCCAAGCACUGCUUAUCUUCACAUGGAUCCUGACUUUCAUGAUCUUCAUUCCUCUAAUGAUUCUGUCCAGCCUGAUCUUGGUUAUCAGGAUUCAUCGUAACUCCCUGAGACCUCAUUCGUCAAAGCUCUACAUCAUCAUUGUGGCCACAGUCAUUGUCUUCCUCAUCUUUGCCAUGCCUAUGAGGCUGUUGUAUCUUCUGAAUUACCACCACUGGUCAUCUUUGCUCAGCCAGCAGAACCACGUCACCGUUGUUCUCUCCACUGUUAACAGUAGCAUCAACCCCCUUGUUUACUUCUUCGUAGGAAGCAGCAAGAAGAAGAGGUUCAAGGAAAGCCUCAAAGUGGUUCUUAGUAGAGCACUCGCUGAUGGGUUGCGGCCGAGAAGCCAGGAAGUUGGCAUGAGUUUGGAUAUAGCUGAAACAAUUUUCUAAAGGUUAGGGGGGAAACUCUAGGGGCAAAUAAUUGGACUUGGAAGGUUUAAUAAACCACUGCAAAACUAAAAUCAUUUUUCUUCCACAGAAUGUAAAAAGCAGUGGUGAAAUGGUACUGUUAUCUUUGGUGGUUGAGCAAUGGAAAAAU